UGCAUGCAUGUCCAUAGACGUCAUUUGAUUUUAAUGGCCUGCAGGAAAUUUUGGCGUUACAACUCCAGACAUUAAGGCGAGAGAGAGGGAGAGAGGGAGAGACAGAGGGGGGAAAAUCACCGCGUGAAAGAUAUUGGUUCAAGGAUAUUUCAUUUUCAACAUAUUUUUCCUACUGGGACUUUAUCAACAAGUUACUGCGCCUUUCAUUGCAUGCUGCCUGAGUGGAGGACUAUGGCUUUAAACUUUAGAUUCAGGCUGGAGAUGGAGAUGGAAAUGUAUGCCUACUAGCUGGAACUGCCUGGGGAACUAUUACAUCAGACGAAAUGACAAUGAUUAAAAUCUGCUUUUUGCUGCUCUAAAUCCAUUGAGCGACAGUUGCCUGUUAGGUUUCCAACCCCCUGCAACUUCCCACCGUUAAGGGAACCCGUCUACUUUAGCUUGGGUAAAAAAUUAGAUAAGUUAUUAUAUCUUUGCAGUCAUAAUUUCGGGAAUAAGGAGGGGGGGUAUCACGUUUUUUCUUCCUUGAGAAAAUUGCCUGGGCGAGAGAGUGGAGUUGAGCUAAUUGUAGCCUAAUCCCUGGCCCAGAGGCACUUGGGCUGCCCGGAGCAAGAUCUUCUUUUUCAGCUCUGCUCUGUUAUUUAGAGACGGAUUAUUGGCUUUCUUCUUCUCAUAACAAACCACAGGGGCAGUUUCAUUUAGGCAACAAAAAGCAAGAACAACAAGAAGCCGAAAAACCGAAGAAGGAAUCCAACAAGAGCGCACAUUUUUACGCGUAUCCAAAAUAAGAGCACAGAAGGGGAAGGAGAUCAUCUCAUCUAUGUACAAGGAGGGAAGAAGCAUGUCUCGGCUGUCCCUGACCCGGUCCCCGGUCUCUCCUCUGGCCUCUCAGGGGAUCCCUCUGCCGGCCCAGCUGACCAAAUCAAACGCUCCGGUGCACAUCGAUGUCGGGGGACACAUGUACACCAGCAGCCUGGCGACCCUCACCAAGUACCCAGACUCCAGAAUCAGUCGCCUGUUCAAUGGCACGGAGCCCAUCGUGUUGGACAGCUUGAAGCAGCACUACUUCAUAGAUCGGGACGGAGAGAUAUUCCGCUACAUCCUCAGUUUCCUCAGGACCAGCAAACUGCUCCUUCCAGAUGACUUCAAGGACUUCCACCUGCUUUACGAGGAGGCGCGCUACUACCAGCUGACGCCCAUGAUCAAGGAGCUGGAGCGCUGGAAGCAGGAGCGCGAGCAGCGGCGGAUGGCCCAGCCCUGCGACUGCCUGGUGGUGCGCGUCACCCCCGACCUGGGCGAGAGGAUCGCCCUGAGCGGGGAGAAGGUCCUCAUCGAGGAGAUCUUCCCCGAGACCGGAGACGUCAUGUGUAACUCGGUCAACGCCGGCUGGAACCAGGACCCCACACAUGUCAUCCGCUUCCCCCUCAACGGAUACUGCAGGCUCAACUCCGUGCAGGUCCUGGAGCGUCUCUUCCAGAAGGGUUUCAGCGUGGCGGCGUCUUGCGGCGGCGGCGUGGACUCGUCCCAGUUCAGCGAGUACGUGUUGUGUCGCGAGGACCGACGAAGCCUCUCCAUGAACACGCCCAUCAGGAUAAAACAGGAACCCCUGGACUAAAAGCAUCCUGGGAAAAGGGACUGUCAACCCUACCGAUUACUCCCUCCAUCGAUCUCACACCACCAAACCCCACCCUGCCUCCCCCUGCCCCCCCUCCAACAGGACACUCACCGCCCGGUUCCAAUAUACCUAAGUAUUAGCAGAGGCUUGUUAACCUCGCCGGCUCUGCAGAACUCAAAGGGGAAUGUAAUUCCAAACAAAGGAAAAAAAGCAUCAGCAGCAGCAAGAGUUUUUGAUUAUGUUUAAACAACGCCCAAAGAGACUGUGAUGAAAACAAAUGGACUCGACAGCAGCUCACUUGAACCAUUUUUAGCACCGUGACUGGUAUCCUGACCCUUUUUUGAAGUGAAAAUCUCAAUGAAUCCACACACACACACACACACACACACACACACACACACACACACACACACACACACACACACACACACACACACACACACACACACACACCUACUCCAACUUUGUCUGGC